AUGCUGUGCGACAAAUUGAAUGCCGAAACCAAUGAAAAGGAUCGGAAUGUUUUGCAUGUGAAAACCGAGAAGGAGGAGUUCAUUUUAGAGGGUCGACCUGUUACCCUAUCAGCUUUUAGCCACGUUGCAAAACAGCGAAACCUACCGAGAGAAUACACUUACUAUAAUGCUCCUAAAAAGGUCUGGCGUUGUCAUAGUAACCAUAUGGUUACUAUUUUGAUAAUUUUCCAAAUGUUCUGAUAGGUAGUAGACUCUGCUUUGCUCCACUCCGUCUUCUAAGUAGAAGAAGUUCAAACGUAAACUCAAUGUUGUUUAUAGUUGGUGACUGGUCACUUUUAUUUCAGAAAAAUAGUUUAUGGGAACAUCCUUCUAGGCAAUAUACGUAUAUACGUACCGACAAGAUAUAACGUCGAUAUCGACAUGUAUAUAUAUAUAUAUAUAUAUAUAUAUAUAUAUAGACAUGUCGAUAUCGACGCUAUAUCUUGUCGGUAUCAGCAACUACUAGAGUAUAAAAGCCCUGAGGUUAAAGGUCAUCCGCCUUGUAGCUUCCUGCAAUUAGUCUUUCAGAAUUUUUGCUGGUUGGAAUACUCCACCAGUGAUACGCAAUUUAGGGCAGUUUUGAAAUAUGCCUUCACGCAGGAAGAAACUAAAGUGAGUGGAUUAUACUUAAAGCUCGCUAAGUUUAAUCUCGACUGAUAACAUAAGUGGUCUGAAGUAUUUUGCAACUCUCAAGUUUGAACUUCUUUUCUUGAACACAUUGCCCUCGGGACUUAUCCUUGCUGUCCUUGUCCUCUAAAUGGGGCGUUCGAUUGGCUUUUUAUGACGACUACGAGUAUAAAGGACAAAUACAAGCCAUGCGAAGGCGAUGGUCUGCGAAAUCGAAUGCAAGUUACAGGAGGGUUUAUUUUUCUUACAGUUACACUGAAGGGAGCGCACCAGAUAAAGUCUGACGAACAUAGGAAUGUUCCGAGUCUUGUUCUAAUCCGUCCUUCUUUUUACAGUUCAUUCUCCUAAUAUGUCGUAUAUUUAUUUUAUUUAAUUCAUAACGAUUUUCCCCAUGCAUUUUGGCUAAGUAAUGUCCAUAACGUUUGCAGGAUUAACGGUCGGUGUAUAAAAAGUUCACAAAUGAUUAAAUCCUCACCAGCCCCUCAGGGGAACUCGGGGCUCCUUCAUUGAAAAGGACUGAAGUAUAGCAACGAAGCACAGUCAAAUAAGUGGUUUUUUUCCUUUAUAGCCCACAGAAAAGUCCUUUGUUUACGAUGCUGUGUUUUCGAAGGAAACUGGUUUUAAUGAAAAACAGAGACGCGAUGAUCGACGACACGACAAAAUGGUUGGUCUGCACAUCCAUGAUGAAGUAAGUGAGUCUUUUCUCAGGCAACGUGGACGUUUUUCCAAGUCGCUUUUGAGAGCAUUUGGGACUAAUAUCUGCAGAAGAGGCUAUUUAUCCAACUAUUAAAACAGCACAUAGUUUGAGUGAAAGAUAAAUACUCGGGUGUCUAGGUUGGCAAUUUUCCAAGCUGUUCGUGAUUCUUUUGGAAAGAUAAUACUGUUCUGUGUGUUUUGGUCAUUUAAUGUCGUUUACGACACAUCAGAUAGAUCAGUGUGUUAUUCUGGAGGGCCAUUUGACAAACCUUGUAUUUUAAACGUGAUGGUGACAUACGUCAAUGGAUGAUGUAUUUUCCUCCCUUCUGCUCAGUGGAUAUUAGUGACAUAUUUGGUUCAUUUAAUUUUGACUGAAAGCUUAACUAUUGACAGGACUUCAAUCGUCUUAUAUGAUCAAUCGAUGAAUAUCAUGAAUCAUCUAUUCCUCUUGGAGCAAACUUUGAUAGAAAACCCCAUACGUCAAUUUCCACGCUCUUUUGACAAUUAACCUGAUUGCUAAGUAACUUCUGGUUCCCCCUCUGAUGUUUAAUUCAGUGCUGAAAUAUUUCAACCUUCAAAAGGCUAUUUUCUGUGCAUUAGGAAGUUUAACUUACUCCUGCCUAUAACAAACACUCAUCAAAUUACUGAAUACAUAUUUAUAUAGUUGUUUAGUUUUUCUAUUUUAUAAAAUACCAAACCUAUUUGAUGCAAAUAUCGUUUUCCCUUCUCAUUAUCGCUGACGUCCACCCCGCUUUGUAGAGCAUACCCGUGAACCAGCCCAGCAAUGCCUCGUGCUUUAUAGCCAUGUCGUACUUUUUUACUGUCGUCUUCCAUUGAAAUCAAUUUUAAAACUCACGGUCAUGAAACUGGGUCUCUGUCAGGAGCACAAAGGAAAGGACCUACCCAGCAGAAGUUUUGCAAUUUCCCAUUGACGUUUAUGGACAUCCUAUUUUAUUUUCUACAUCAAGUCUACUUUUGUGUAAGGUUUUCGUUUCGCGUCACAUUCUGAGAGGAAGGUAGGGGCCUCUAAGUAACGUCGAAAUCUUUCUGUUCUACACUCCAGUCGACAAGGAGACCAAUCUAUUGUUAGUCCAUAGCUCAACUAGUCGAUCUGCUGUAUCAUGGUCUCUGGAGCACAAGUGACUCAAUUUUCCAGGGUCUUCUUGAACACUUCAAUCGAGACAACACAGACUGUAGGUUGUGAGAGCACACCAGCGCAUUUGCGCUUCUUCGGGUGGUGUAUUCUGUUAUGAUUGCCAAACGGUUUUCUGGCCGUUUUCAACAGCAAGCCUUCCUGGAACUACUGACUGUAACAGAACAGCAAUGUCCCUCCGAUAAAUUUUCCCAUUAGUCGCAGUUUUGAACGAUUUCAGCCAAUUGACGACUUUGGUUUUCCAUAUUGUACUUUUCAGACGACAAGGGCAUUUCACUGGCACUUUGUCCCAUAGCUCUCACCCACAAUGUCGGAUUUAUUAUUAAUACUUCUUGGAAAUGUAUCCUGGGGCUUUUCUACAGUUUAUUAGAUACCGAUAACUAAAUGACUUCGCCUGGUCUUGCCGACAUGGGGUCUGACUGCUGACUACUGAAACGAAGCCGAAAAUUUUCAUUUUAAUCUUAAGUUUUUAGUUUUUAAGUCUUUCUUUAUAAAUAAAAGUUUAUCCGAUUGCUUGAAAACACAAAUAUUAACGGCGAUCAGGGUAGGCUGAAAACUCUCUUUCAGGUAGGAUUGUCAUAAUCAUAAACAUCACUAUAAAUUCAUGGAAAUAUGUUGCAUUCAGUAACCGUAGAAACCUGCUUGAACACCGUUUCAAUAAAGAGUUCCUGCGUAACUAUUUGAGCCAGUGAACAUUUUUAUGCGUCCGAUCAGGUCUUAUGUCCAGGCGGUAUGCACGCAGAUUGCUGUGGGACAUUCCUCGCUAACUUUAUACACUAUAUAUAUAUAUAUAUAUAUAUCCACGGUAUUAUGCGGCUAACUGACUGACGUCCUGGUGAGUGACUUUAAAUUUCCUCCUAAUGUUUCUUACUUUAGGAAGCCUCCAAACCCAUCCCAUCCCAGUCUUCUUCCAUCUUUGGACACUACUUAGAUCGGCGAUGUGAUCCCCUGGAUCGUUCCAGAGUGAGGAUUCAAUUGGUGGAAUCUGAGUUCUUCCGUCGAAACGGCGUCGAAUUUACUACAAUGAUGGAGGAUCAGUAG